UGGAGACAGAGAGCUGUGAGCCGGCAGCGGCAGAGACUGCGAGGGAACAGGGGGACGCGGGGACAAGAUUCACGUUUUCAUAAAAUCCGGAUUUUGGACAGUGAGAUGAUGAAAUCAGAUUUUCUCAAGUAAGUGACCUACUGGGCUCAGGACUCCUUCUAGCUCCCUAUGGCCUCGGAGCCGGAGGGCGUGGAAGCCUCCGCCUGCUCGAAGUUGGCCAAACCGCUCCACCUGCAGUACCUGGAACGCUCGGUUAGGCUCGAUGCCUUUCUACGCCACACCGCCAGCAUAUUCAAUCAAGAUGUAUCCAGUGAUGACACUGAUGAUGAUGAUGGUUUGGGUGAGGGUCCAUCCUUGACCCCCUCUAACCCUCAUGCUCCACUGACUGUGAAGGACGAGCCAGCUGAUGCUGAACAUGGUAUCAGGGGCUCUGCUGGAGGAGGAGGAGGAGGAGGAGGUACAGGGUGUGGAACUCUCAAUGGAGCUUUGCUUCAAGAACAUAAAGCUGAUAAGGCCAGUUUGUACAACUUCUCCAAGCUGAGGAAGAGUCGGAAAUGGCUGAAGGGCGUGCUGUUAAGCGACACCACAGAUUCGGACUCGGAUUCGGACGACUCCGAUUUCUCCCUGAGCCGAGAGGAGCUGCACGACAUGCUGAAACUACACAGGUUCACCAGGCUGCACCAGAGCAAGGUUCAGCCUGACCGGGAGCUGCAGCAGUACCAGUACUACAGUGCAGGACUCCUUUCCACUCAUGAUCCGUUUUAUGAGCAACAGCGCCACCUGCUGGGUCCCAAGAAAAAGAAGAUCAAGGAAGAAAAGAAAUUUAAAACCAAGUUAAAGAAGAUGAAAAAGAAGAAGAAACGAGGGGAAGAGCUCUUAGAUGAGGGGCGGCCGCACGCCACCAAGGUGUUCGCCAAGUUCUCCAACGACUCGCCUCUGCCCGUAGUGAAAAAGAAGCACUUAACCGUAGAGCAGCUGAACGCACGUCGCAGAAAAGUCUGGCUUACCAUCGCCAAAAAAGAAAUCCCCAAGGCGUUCAAGCAGAAGGCUUCCGCAAAGAACUUUGUUUUAACCAAUGCCAAAAAGCUGGCCCACCAGUGCAUGCGUGAAGUGCGCAGAGCUGCCAUCCAGGCCCAGAAGAACUGCAAAGAGACCCUGCCGCGGGCGCGGCGUCUCACCAAAGAGAUGCUGCUGUACUGGAAGAAGUACGACAAGGUGGAGAAAGAGCACCGCAAGCGGGCGGAGAAAGAGGCGCUCGAGCAGCGAAAGCUGGACGAGGAGAUGAGAGAGGCCAAGAGACAACAGAGGAAGCUGAACUUUCUCAUCACGCAGACAGAGCUGUAUGCACACUUUAUGGGCGGCAAGCACAAAGGAGCGGGCGGGGACAGCGCCCAGGAGGAGAUACUGAGGAAGCUGGAUGAGAACGCAGCACAAGGGCAGAUGGAUUCAGGCGCUGGAGUGAUGCCCGGUGCUCAGAGUCAGGACGAGUAUGACAGUGAAUAUUACAAGUCUCAGGCCCUGAGGAACGCAAAGGAAGCCUACCAGAUUCACCAAGCCAGAACGAGGCAGUUCGACGAGGAGGCGAAGGACAGUCGCUGCGCCUCUGUGCACGUGGCCAGCGGAAGCGGCUCUGGGUUCGGGGAGAGCUACAGUCUGUCCAAUCCCUCCAUCCAGGCCAGCGAGGACAUUCCUCAGCCCACUAUUUUCAACGGCAAGCUCAAGGCCUACCAGCUCAAGGGCAUGAACUGGCUCGCUAACCUUUAUGAACAGGGCAUCAACGGCAUCCUAGCAGAUGAGAUGGGACUGGGCAAGACGGUCCAGAGCAUCGCCCUGCUCGCCCACCUGGCAGAGAGAGACAACAUCUGGGGCCCCUUCUUGAUCAUCUCGCCAGCCUCCACACUCAACAACUGGCACCAGGAGUUCACCCGCUUCGUGCCCAAAUUCAAGGUGCUGCCAUACUGGGGGAACCCUCACGACCGCAAAGUGAUUCGAAAGUUUUGGAGCCAGAAAACGCUGUACACCCAGAACGCUCCGUUUCAUGUGGUGAUCACUAGUUACCAGCUGGUGGUGCAGGAUGUGAAGUAUUUUCAGCGGGUGAAGUGGCAGUACAUGGUGCUGGAUGAGGCUCAGGCACUGAAGAGCAGCACAAGCGUGCGGUGGAAGAUCCUCCUUCAGUUUCAGUGCCGGAAUCGUCUGCUGCUGACGGGAACGCCCAUCCAGAACACCAUGGCCGAGUUGUGGGCCUUGCUGCAUUUCAUCAUGCCAACGCUGUUCGACUCCCAUGAGGAGUUCAACGAGUGGUUCUCCAAGGACAUCGAAAGCCAUGCUGAGAACAAGUCUGCCAUCGAUGAGAAUCAGCUCUCCAGGCUGCACAUGAUCCUGAAGCCGUUCAUGCUCCGCAGGAUAAAGAAAGACGUGGAGAACGAGCUCUCGGAUAAGAUCGAAAUCUUGACGUACUGCCAACUGACAAGCAGGCAGAGGCUUCUGUACCAGGCCCUGAAGAACAAGAUUUCCAUCGAGGACCUGCUGCAGUCGUCCAUGGGUACGGCCCAGCAAUCCCACAGCACCACCAGCAGCCUCAUGAACCUCGUCAUGCAGUUCAGAAAGGUUUGUAACCACCCAGACCUGUUCGAGCGGCAGGAGACGCGUUCACCCUUCCACAUGUCCCUAAAACCCUUCGUCAUGCCCAAGUUCCUCAUCCGGCACGGACUUCUGCACACCUGCAGCCAGGCGAGAAGCAAACUGCUGCAGGUCCUGCUCUCCCCGUUCUCCCCUCACCACAUCCAGCAGUCCUUAUUUCACAGAAAUAGCGACGACGAAGGAAGCUGCUUCUCUUUCCUUCGCUUUAUCGACGUCUCACCAGCUGAGAUGUCUAAUGCCAUGCUGCAGGGAACUCUCGCCAGAUGGCUAGCACUUUACCUCUCCUUCAAGCAUGCUCACCGGCUUCAUCACCGGCGGCUGUGGGGCGAGGAGGAGGACGGUGAGAGGAACGGCCCUGGAACUCACUUUCUGACUAACAGGGAUCUCAUCCUGUGGCCAGACAGACCCACGGCAUUCCCCAAUGUGUUUAACAGCACCGUCCUAAAGGAACUGGUCUUCACGGGUCAACAUCCAGGUCUCCUAACCCAUUCAGAUGUGCUGAUCCACAGCAGGCGUUCAUCUAGUCCUGUCUUCAGAAGCUGCCAACCCACCCAGCCACCCAAGUUCCUAUUUACAGCCACACCCAGGGUAACAGCAGUUCCGGUGGAGCGUUUCUGCCCGGAUCGCAGUGCUGACUACGAGUGGCGCCAGUUCCGAGACGGCGGGAGUUUAUCUGCCAAGCGGUGCUUCCUGUUUGGCUCACCUGAGCUGGCACUGUCCUGGGCAGCCCGUGCCCACUUCUUCCGCCCCGUGAACCCGGGUGGCCUGAUGGCCCUACAUCCGCGACAUGGGUGGUCGUUUAUCAGGAUACCAGACAAAGAGAGUUUGAUCACGGAGAGUGGAAAACUUCACACUCUGGAUCUGCUGCUGACUCGGCUCAAGACUCAGGGCCAUCGCGUCCUCAUUUACUCCCAAAUGACCCGCAUGAUCGACCUGCUGGAGGAAUACAUGGUGUACCGCAAGCACACGUACAUGAGACUGGACGGCUCCUCUAAGAUCUCGGAGCGACGCGACAUGGUGGCCGACUUCCAGAGCCGGACGGACAUUUUUGUUUUCCUUCUCAGUACAAGAGCGGGAGGCCUGGGGAUCAAUCUGACUGCUGCAGACACGGUGAUUUUCUAUGACAGUGACUGGAACCCCACGGUGGACCAGCAGGCCAUGGACCGAGCUCACAGACUGGGUCAGACGAAGCAGGUCACUGUGUACCGCCUCAUUUGUAAGGGCAGUAUAGAGGAGCGCAUCCUACAGAGGGCCAAGGAGAAGAGUGAGAUUCAGAGGAUGGUGAUCUCAGGUGGAAAUUUCAAACCAGACACCCUAAAGCCUAAAGAGGUGGUCAGUCUGCUACUGGACGACGAAGAGCUGGAGAAAAAACUGCGUUUAAGGCAGGAAGAGAAGAGGCAACAGGAGGAAAGCAGCAGAGUGAAGGAUCGCAAGAGGAAGAGAGAGAAAUAUGCAGAGAAGAGGAAAAAGGAGGACGACACCGAGGGGGGUAAGAAGAAGAAAGAGGUGAACCUGGUGAUUCCGUUCAUUCCCUCCGCAGAUAACUCGAACCUGUCUGCCGACGGCGAGGACUCGUUUAUCAGCGUGGACAUGGAGUCGGCCAUGCCUAGUCCCUUCAGUGAGAUCUCUCUGAGCAGUGAGCUGCAGCCCGGCUCUCUCCCAGCGGACGAAAGCAGCAGCGACAUGCUGGUGAUCGUGGAUGAGCCGCUGCCCACCAACUCACCCGCCUCAGGCACGGGCUCCGCCUCUGACAACAUGAAUGGUGUUUCUUCUCUAGACGUGUCCAGUUCGGGCCGAGGUAGAGCCGGGCGGAGCAGAGGUCGGCCCAAAGGUUCGGGAACCAGCGGAAAGUGCUCGAGCAGAAAAGGUCGAGGGAGGAAGUCAGCGGGCAGCGCGGCAGCGAUGGCCGGAGCGAUGGCAGGAGCAGCCGCCGCCUCCGCUGCAGCUUAUGCUGCCUACGGCUACAGUGUGGCCAAAGGUAUUGCAGCUUCCGGUCCUUUGCAGCCUGCGUUGGCUCGAUCUUCAUCCUCAACCUUCGUCCCCGUGGGCACGACUUCCCCUCAGGCUAAAGGUGGCGCCAUGGGCUCCGGCUCUCAGAUCCUCACACAGGGAACCUCACACAUUCUUCACGCUCCAUCUAAACGAGGCAAAGCGGCCAGCGGCCACGGGGGACGGUAGCAGCGUGUGUGUGUGUGUGGGGUUUGUGGAACUUGGGAUUCUGGGGGGUGAAAGUGCUCAUGGUUUAUGAUGGUGUGCUCACGGCAAGAAGAGAAAAAAGUCACCAGCCCGUGUGCCACUGUGAAACUGUGAUUGGACUGAGAUGGAAAUGAAAACGCGUCUGGAAAACCAUUAAGCAGGAGGAUGGGUUAAUAUAAUUUAGAAAGUUCUUUUGCUAAAAGCGAAUCCAUGUUUACGUCAAGGAAGGAUUCGUGAUUCAUUUAGGAGAGGAAAUAAUCAGCAGCUGGGAUUCAUGGGGUUUUAAUCAGUGUGAAGUAUUAAAACAGAACACAACACUGUACACCCAGCAAACAGCUGCAUCACUUACUUUGUUUUCUGAAUAUACACUGAUCAACCAUAACAUUAAAACCAGCUCCUUGUUUCUACACUCA